AUGUCUGCGGCUAUAAGACCCGAAAUCAAUAUUUACUCCGAGUCAGGAGAUAAUUGUAUCGGCACUCAUGUACUUCCAGCUGUUUUUAAAGCUCCAAUUCGUCCUGAUAUUGUGAGAGUUGUUCACAUGAACAUCUCAAAGAGCAAUCGUCAGCCUUAUUCAGUUUCAUCAAAAGCUGGACAUCAAACUUCAGCUGAAUCCUGGGGUACCGGUCGUGCUGUUGCUCGUAUUCCUCGUGUGUCUGGGGGCGGUACUCACCGUGCUGGACAGGGUGCUUUCGGUAAUAUGUGUCGAGGUGGUCGUAUGUUCGCACCAACCAAAAUUUGGCGUAAAUGGCAUGUAAAAACUAAUUUGAAUCAAAAAAGAUUUGCUAUAGCAUCAGCUUUAGCAUCAUCAUCAAUUCCAUCACUUGUAAUGGCAAGAGGUCAUCGUGUUGAAGAAAUUCGAGAAGUACCACUUGUAAUUGGUAAUGGUAUCGAAUCCUUAGCCAAAACCAAAGCAGCAGUAGCACUUCUUAAAGCCGUUCGUGCUUAUAGAGAUGUAGUAAAAGUUUCAAAUUCUCGUAAAUUAAGAGCUGGUAAAGGUAAAAUGCGUAAUCGUAGACAUCGUCAACGGAGAGGUCCACUUAUUGUUUAUAACGAAGAUCAUGGUGUCGUUAAAGCUUUUCGUAAUAUCCCUGGUGUUGAAUUGGUUAACGUUAGAAGAUUAAAUUUAUUACAAUUGGCACCCGGUGGUCACAUUGGUAGAUUUGUUAUUUGGUCUCAAGGGGCUUUUGCUCUAUUGGAUGAUUUGUUUGGAACUUACAAAAGACCCGCUACUCUCAAAAAAGAUUAUCGCCUUCCAUCACACAUUAUUACCAAUCCAGAUGUUACCGGUCUUAUCAAUUCCAAUGAAAUUCAAUCUGUACUUCGACCUGCUGGCGAAAAACAUCAAAAACGUCCAUAUACUCAGAAGAAGAAUCCUUUACGCAAUAAUGGUAUUAAGAUUCGUCUUAAUCCUUAUGCUAAAGUAUUGCAAAGGGCUGAAAUCAUUGCAGCUGAAAAACGUAAGGCUGGUAAAAUCCAAAAGAAGAAACCUCAAUAUAAAGCAUCUACUAAGGUUUCUGAAAAGUAA